CACUGAGCCGGACCGCCUUUUGCCGCUUUCACGUUGUUUGAGGGGUCUUGCAGUUCUCCGCAGACUCGUCUGAAUUCGCCCAUCACAGAGUGAAUGCUGCGAAGUUGGCUCUCAAUACGUUCCGUCAAUUCAGGAUUUCCUACGUUCUGUUUCUGUAAAGCCUCAUACUCCUUCUGCCAAGACUUCGCACUCUCAUGCAGAGUGCGAUUGUCCCUUUCGAGAAUUUUAACCAUGUGAACUAGGUCAGAUACACAAUGUUUGUUUUCGUUUUCCUUCUCAGAACGCACGAUGAGGAAGCGAUCGUUUAGUUCAUUGCGCAAUUUCCUUGCCAAAUCAAUAAUAGCCGUGAAAUCAAUCUGUUUCCCAGCAGUAUGCAGCAAAGACAAUCGCCUUAUUUGUUUCACUAGAUCCAUCGCCAUCGCAGUCAGAACGAACAAUGUUUGACGAUUGGGAUCGUCGAAUUUUUUCGCCUUUUCCGCCGCGGCAUCGCUAGCAGAGGUUGCUGAGGCACCCUUCAAAGGAGUUCCACUGGGUACUUCCAACAAACCUUUUUGUCUCAAUUCUUCGAUUUUUGCAGUCAUGGCCGCCAGUUCGUUGGCCUGGUUUUCACGUCUACGUCUCUCAUGAUGAAUAAGUCGUGAUAAUUCUUUGCAACUUUUCUCUAUGCUCGCUAUACCACUUUUAUCGGGCAAGGGUUUGAUGUUCUUUACAACCAGCUGACCGACUGCUUCUCUCAACUCCGUAUAGGUUGAACGUAAGGCGUCUAGUUCAGAAGAGUAGGAAACGGCGUCACACUCCAUCUCAGCCAAAGUUGUUCGUGUCAAGUCCGUUUGAGCAUCACGAGAUUUCAUCUUAGCCAUAAGUGCUGUAGUCUGCACUCCAACAACAGCUGUUAGGGGAUUUGCGUUUGCGCUACGAGCACCUUUGUUUUCGUCUGAGGCAAAACUCGAUACAACUUCAGCCAUGCGGUAAUUAUUUUCCUCGACGCAGCGUAACUGAUCUUGCAAACAUCGAAUUUUUUCCUCUUUAGUGUUCAGCUCAUUUCGAAUCCUUUCUAAAUCACGUCGAAGCGCAGAUGACGUGCCCUGUGCUCUUGCAAGGUCCUUUUUCCAAUUCUCGUGUUCUUCCUGUCGUCUUUCCUGUUCUUCAUCUAAAGCUGCACGAAGGACGUCAAGUUUUGAUUCACGCUCCACUAUAACUUCCUUCAAUGAGGCGUUCGAAUCUUUAGCAGCAGCAAGUUUAGCUUCCAACUCUACGACAAGCACUUCCUUCGCUCCCAGCUCCUUAUUUAGAGCGUCCGUCUCUGAACGUAAUUGCAACAUGUCACGUUGGACCUCUUCGUUGAGCUUCAUCUGAGAUUCUAUCAAUUCUUUGAGUUCGAGCUUCUCAGCUUCAUCUGCUUGAAUAGUAGAGAUGAGUCGUUCGCGUUCCUCAGCCGUACUGAUGAGCCUCGCCUCCAUUUGUUUUACAGUUGAUUGCAAGUCAUCAGCGGUAGAAAGCGCCAAGUCGCGAGCCUCACGGGCCUCUUCGACAAUCGAUCGCAGGUGAUUAAUUUCUUCUGUUUUCAACGAAACUUGCUUUUGUAGCUCUUCUAAGCUGUUUUGAUACAGAGAGGAAUCUCCUCCUUCAUCGGCUCGCGCAGUUUGUACAGAGAAACAUUCGGUGGUAGUUUGCGCCAUUGAGAUAUCAAGCCGGAACGAUGUUUCAUUCAAUGACUGCUCCCAAGCCGAUAACUCCGUCUGCAUUCUAUUGACACUAACAACAGUUUCUUCGAUGGCGUCCAUAACUACACGCUUUUCCUCGAUGGCAGUAUUCCAUUCAAAUUUCAUUGCACGAAUUCUGUCAGCCAAGCUUCUCAUUUCUUCCGUUCCAGUUCCGAGUAGUUCCAGGACGUCUUCGAACAAGACUCCUGAAGAUUUGAGAUUCUCGAACAUUUGGUGCAUGACAUCACGAAGUGAAACAAGUUUCGUUUUGAAAGUAACUAUCUCUUUCGAUGUGUUCAUAGAGCGACUCAUAAGGUCCAUCAGCGAGGCGUUCAUCAUUGACAGAUUAGUAGCAUUGCUGGGGUCUACUUUCUGCUGCGAUACGUUGAUUCGCUCUGGACUAGCAGGAACUUCAGCAACAACAGCAUCGCCACCACUUCUUUCAAUACCAGCAGUAUCGUCUGUGGCGCCUAUGCCUUUUAGUAUGUUGAGAACGCUCUCAUCGCAGUUCGAAACAUUGUCAGCCAAUGUUUUCAGACUUUCCAGUAUUUCUUGCUGCUUCUUUUCAAAGUCUUCAGCAAAGAGAUUGGUUUUCUCAACAAUAGAGCGGUCUACUCGAUCAGGCUUUCCAGAUGCCGCACUCGAAUCUGUGCUACAAUCGCUUUGAUCCUGUAAUCCAAGAAGAAAAGUGCACUCUUUACGCAGCUCCUUGUUUUGCUUCCCGAGAACCCGGAGGACAUCACGAACUUUUUCCACCAAUCUCAAAACUUCCUCUUUGUUGUGAGCAGUGAAAGACAGAUUGCUGUAGGAAAGGUUGGCGUUCCGGAUCUUCUUCUCCAACGCAUGGCACCGAGACAUGUAUGCCACAAGGGCAGAGCUGGUCUUAUUGCGUUCUUCUUCUUCGACGCGUAAACACCCCUCGUCCCACAGUAAAUGUUUGCUUUGUGACAUUGCUUCGCUGAGCAUGGUUAGCUUCUCCUCGAGUUCUUUCGUUUGCUCAUCAAUUUUCUGACGUAGUGCAUUGUUCUCCUUUUCCAUCGCAAAUAGGCGUCUCCGUAGUUCUUCCGACACUAUAUCACCCUCGGAACGUAUGGUCCAAUCGCUGUCAUCGCCCUUCAAGCCAUCAAUACUCGUGGGUAACUCAUCAAACUUAGCGAUCUCUGCCUCUAACACCCUUACGCGUUCCUUGUAUUGCUCGAGUUCAUGA